AUGGCGUCGAUCGUGAAAGUGCUCGUAGUGUUCGUAUGCAGCGUCUUAUGCACCAGCCCGAUGGUGCAUACUGCAACCCAGUUUAAUAUGUCGCAGUACAACCUGAUGCCACGAGUGUUUCACUUCGACGAUUACGACGAGUGUUUACGCGACGAUCCCAGUGUACCCGGCGUCUAUUGUAUGGUGAAAGCAAUUGUCCAACCGAACGAGUCGUCCCGUGUCUGGAACGUGAUCGCCGACUACUCCAGUAACUGGAAGCAGCAUCUUAACCACGCACAUCUCGACCGAGGUCUCUGCCUGCAAACGUGUCUCCAAAAACUGGCGACUCUCGAGCGGAACAAUGUAACCCGGGAGGAGCUAGAUGCGUUGGUGGUACCGAAGUUCAAAAUAGAUUUCCCGUACAUCAUCAAAAAUGGAACAUUUCGGGACGUGGACGAGUACCGACGGAACUAUUCGGAAAUCUUCGCUCAAUGCAUCAACUUUGAGUUACGGCAGGACCACGGAUUGCGGGCAUACACGGAAAUAGAAUACUGUGACAAUAACACCGAAUCCUAUCCAAUUGACAAUUUGGAUAUCGCCUUCCUAGUCGUGCUGGCGUUGCUUUUACUGAUAGUGUUUGGCUCCAGUUGGUAUGAUCACCGUUGCAAACAAGAGCACGGACUGUCCCAUUACCAAACCGAGCUUCCCAGCAAGGUCUCCAUGGUGUGCGUCUCGUUCUCCAUCAUCCGCAAUUGGUAUCGGCUCACCUCGCGAGGUGAAGACUCGUUGAGCCACUCGAUACGUUACGUGCACGCGAUAAGGUUUAUAAUUUUUAUGAUGAUCAAUAUGGGACACAACAUCCUGUACGCACAGCCUCGAACCGCCAGGGUUAUCGAGCGGAAAUUCAGCGAUGUCGAUUCAAUGAUUGUGGUGAACGGAACGCACAUUGUUACCACCUUUUUCAUAAUCAGCGCACUGAUGUUAGUGCUGUCGUUGGUCUCUAAAUUGGAGCAAACGGGUCGUAAACUGGGAUUCGUUGAAAUCAUCAUGAUCUCGAUUGCGCGUUACGUCCGAUUAACUCCGGUGUACGCUUUCAUUAUGUUCCUGGAAGCAACAUGGCUUGUGCGGUACUUGGAUGGUCCGUUGUGGCGUAAAGGAUUUGAAACGGGCCGCACCUACUGUCGGAGGAACUGGUGGGCUAAUUUGUUGUACAUUAACAACUACUAUGCCAUCGACGAACCGUGUAUGCAACAUACCUGGUACCUGGCAGCGGACUUCCACAUGUUUGUCUACGGCUUAAUAGUUUGCGCCAUAGUCUUUCGGUUUCCCAAACUGAAGAACUACAUUCUUUCGUUUCUGCUACUCCUGUGGUCCAUGCUAGCGGCCAUCAUUGUAUACGUCAACGAGUACGAAGCCGUCACUGUGUUACCUCCAGAGCCGCUCCGAUUUUCCUUCUGGUACUGGGACAUGUACCGCGAUACCUAUCUGCCGACACACAUGAACCUGGUCAAUUACACGGCCGCCAUAAUGGGCUCCUUCUACGUUCUUCAUCUGCAGAAAAGGAACUUCAAAACACCAAAGAUGUUCUCAUUACUGUGGCUUCUCGCCGUGCUGGCCGUACCGGGGUCGUUCGUGGCCGGAUACGUCGUCUACAGCAAUCUGUUCGAAACACCUUCCGCCUGGAUGGCGCUAGUGUUCCCGCUCGGGCGCAUACUCUACACCGCGCUCAUGUUCUUCCACACCGUCGCGUUUAUCUUCCGCGCCAGCAAGCCCGUCCUUCGGCUGGUCAACAUUCCCUUCUUCGGCAUUCUCGGCCGGCUGACGUACUGUGCGUAUCUGUGUCACUUUUUCAUCACCCGGGCCGCCGCCUACGGUACCAGGCGCUCGAUAAACUUGGGUGUAUUCGAAAUGAACACCGCCAGCUGGUCGACGCUGGUAAUGUCUUACGUCCUCGGUUGGGUGCUCUGCCUGAUGCUGGAGUCUCCGUUUAUCUCUCUGCAGAAGAUUCUCUUCGAAAGCCUGCACGGAAAGCGGAGAACCGGCACGUCCGGUAGCCGUAAUCGGUACGGGAAUACGGAAGAAACACCUGCAAAUUUCUUGGGAGUAACUGCAGCUGACGCAAAGACGCGUAACAAUGCGGAUGCUAGCAAGGACUCGGCGGAACAGGAAAAAAUGUAA